AUGAGAGAUGCGUCUUGCCUCGAGACGGCAACUCUCUCCUACUACAAGGAAAAAGAAGAAGAAGCCACCAUGGAAGAAGUGCCCCAGCUCCUCUUGGACCCCGUGCCAGACCUCUUCUCCUACGACGACGACGCCUCGCGGUGGCAGGCCGUGCGAGCGCGCGACGUCUGCGCCGACGGCUUCUUCGUCUAUGCCGUCAAGACAACCAAGAUCUACUGCCGCCCCAUCUGCAAGGCCCGGCUGGCCCGGCGCGCCAACGUGCGCUUCUUCCCGACGGCCCCCGCGGCGCAGGCGGCCGGCUUCCGCGCCUGCAAGCGCUGCAAGCCCGAUCUCGCGGGCUUCAUGCCCGAGGAGCGCGCCGUGCGGCAGAUCCGUGCCUUGGUGGCCUCGCGGGGCGGCGGCGUGACGGGCAUGAGCCUGGGCCAGAUGGCGACGCGGUCGGGCCUGUCCAAGUGGCAUUUCCACCGGGUCUUUAAGAAGAGCGUUGGCCUGACGCCCGGCGAGUUUCUGCGGGCGCAGCGGGGGGGCGACGGGGACACGACGUGGCCGCAGCAGCACUUGGACUUGGGAGGGGACGAGUUUGGUUUCUUUGAGAAUCAGCUCGUCGAUCUGGGAGGGGCUGUGUCGGGCGAGGCGCCUACAGCGUCCAGGGAGGGCGAGCACAGCCCGUUUUCGCUUGAUGACUUGCUGGCUUGGCCGGAAGAUGACAAUGAGUGA